CCGGCCACCGGGGAGGAGAGCACCCGCUCGCCUUUCCGCAGCGCGGAGGAGCCGGCGGAGCGGAGCCCAGCGGGGCGAAGAACAAAAGAAGAGGAAAACAUCAGCGGUGCUCCCCAUUUCUUGACACCAGAACUGGUAAUUCUCAACUUUGGUGUGGAUGACAAUAAGAGGACUUGCCUAGUUCUUGAGAAAAAGACAAGAAGAAGACAGGCAAAUUCCAGCCCUUCAAGAAGUUGUUCGGCAGAAGGAAAAAGAAAGAAACUCUCCUGUCCCGGGAGGUCUCCAAGAUAAAGCAGAAUUGCUCCUUCCAGAAUGCCUGCAAUGGUGCCUUCUCUUCAGACGAGGAGACCCUUGAUGAUUCUUUAAGGUCCUUCAACUAUACUAUGGGAACCCGGGCGUUUUCCCAUGACAGUAUUUUUAUCCCUGAUGGGGGAGCAGAAAGUGAGCAGACAGUUCAAGCAGUAUCACAGGACAACAUUCUGGGCAAAGUCAAAACUCAUCAGCCACAGUUGGGCAAGAACCUCAAGUUUGGGCAGUCCCCAGCACCCACAGCCCUUCCUAUGAAGAGGACAGACACUCCUAGUCCGGAGGCUAGCUUGGAAGAGGAUCUCUUCCUGAGCAGUCCCAUGGAAAUUGUGACCCACCAGGAUUUAGUGCUCUCUGACAGUGAGAACAAAUCCAGUGAUACUUCAACUUCCUUAAGCCCUUUGAAUUUGCCUGGAACAGGGAGUGAAAUGGAGGAGAAGGCUGCUCCAGUGAAAUCAUCUCGGCCAAAGCGACAUUUCUCCUCCGCUGGCACCAUUGAAAGCAUUAACCUGGAUGCCAUUCCUCGGGCCGUUGCCCGCCUGGACAACAGUGCAGCGAAGCACAAACUGGCCGUGAAGCCAAAGAACCAAAGGGUGUCCAAGAAGCACAGGAGACUGUCCAAGGACCAACAAAAUGAUCAAGAAAGCUUUGAGAGUCAGCUGUCUCUAGACCAGAAUGGACACUCUGGGGAAGAAAAACAAACUUGGCCUGAAGAAGAACUCCAACCACUUGAUUCCGAAGAAGAGAAAAGACAGCAAGAGGAAUACUGGAGACAUCUGGAGGCUGAAUAUAGAAGGCAAAGGGCAGAGAAGAAGCGCCUAGAAGAGCAAAGGCUUCAGGAAGUAGAGAGGAGGCUUAGGGAAGAGAAUCCGCUUUUGGAGGAGGAAGAGGAGGAAGAGGAAGAAAAACAGCAGCCUCCGGAAAGCCAGAGGCCAGGGGAAGAGGAGAGGCAAAGGCCUGAAGAGCCUGAGGAAAGCGGCCAAAAAGAGGCAAAGCAGGAGCUGGAGGGGAGAAAAAGCUUGGACUCUGAGGAGCAAGUCUGUGGGCAGCAGGAGGCAGAGAAGCCCCUGGAGGAGCUCCAGAGACCAGAGGGCCUCCAAGAGCAGAGGAAGCAAGAACUAGAGGCAGCACAGCCAGAGGAAGUGCAGCCAGAGGAAGCGCAGCCAGAGGAAGUGCAACCAGAGGAAGAGCAGCCAGAGGAAGCGCAGCCAGAGGAAGCACAGCCAGAGGAAGCUGAGCCACCAAAGGAGGAGGAAGAAGCCCCGUUAGUGCCAGAGCUCUGGAGUCGAGAGGGGGCCGAACAGAAGGAGCAAGAGCCUGAAGAGCAAGAGCAGAAGGAGGAAGGGAAGGCGCUGGAGGAGACAGAUGAGCACGGGAGACAAGAGGCCGAAAAGGAGAGACUGGAAGAUGAAGGGAAGUUACUAGGAGGGCCCAAAGGACAAGACUUAGGGGUAGGAAAGCAGAGCAAGCACGAGGCAGAGAAGCAGCUCCCCACAGGAGAAAGAGAGCGCACGCCGUGGGAGGAGGGCCAGAAGCAGGACAUCCAAGGCCCUCAGAAGCCUCCCCAAGGCCCAGAGACACCGAGGCAGUCGGGAGCGGAACAGUGCCUGGAGAGCCAAGCACAGGGCCACUCCAAAAAGGGUCCCGAGCAUGAAGGCCAAGAAAGAGACUUCGAGGGCCUGCAAAAGUUGGAGCAGCAAAUGGCAGGCAGCCCUCUGCUCCCAGAGGAGGGAACCCGGCAGGGACAUCCCCUCAAAGAAAAGAAAUGGCCCCAGGAGGAGCUGGCUCAGGAGGAGAAGAAGGAAGCCAUCAGCCUGAAGAGGGACCAGAGAGGAGAGGAGCUGAGAUGGCAAGAGGUGGAGGAAAGGCAGACCAUGCCCAGGCCGUACACAUUCCAGGUAUCAUCAGGGGGGAAACAAAUCCUGUUUCCCAAGGUCAAUCUGAGCCCAGUGACUCCCGGGAAGGAAGCAAGACUUCCGGGCGUGGCCCAGGAGCCCGAGGCCGCCCAGCCUGGUCAGGCCCCCCAUCCCCUUCCUUCUUCUCUCAGUAUCCCACACACAGCCAUCCUGGUCACCGGAGCACAGCUGUGUGGGCCGGCUGUCAACCUGCACCAGAUCAAGGACACGGCCUGCAAGACUCUACUGGGCUUGUCGGAAGAAAAGAAGCUCGCGGAUGUUAGCGCUCCAGAAAGCUCGGUCCGAGGCCCUCCGGAGGCGCGGGCAGCUGGCGGCCGGGCCAGGCUUCCUCAGGAGGCGUCCGGCGGCAAGGCUGCCCCGGCAGAAUGGGAAUCCAUCCGUUCCAGGAUCCUCAAGACCGCCGACAUCGGGCAAGGUGGCGAGCGGGACCCGCUGAGGCAGAGCGGCGAGAGUGUGGCCAAAGGCCGGCGCGACUCCCGGGGAAACCUCAGGAAAACCUUGUCAGCAAACGCAAAGUUCUCCAUCACGCCCGCUUGGCAGAAAUUCUCCGAAGGAGGCGCCGAAGGCCAAAAGCAGAACGCCAACAACCUUAGGAACAAGCCUGGGCUAGGGCCCAGCGAGAGGGCGGAGGUCCCACCUCCCGCCGAUGCUAAUCCCAGACACCAAAAAGCUCCGGAGAGGACUGGGACGCUCACGGCCGACACCGCGGAGGGAUGGAAAUUUGCCAAAGACCUUCCCUCUUUCCUUGUCCCCAGCUCCCCUCUUGCCCAGCCCGAGGGGGCUGCACCCUCCGAAAGUGAGGCCGGCGCACCGAAGACCGAAGUCGGGCUCCCAAGCGGAGAGGAGAGUGCGGCGCCUUUUGGGAUAAAGCUCCGAAGGACCAACUACUCCUUGCGCUUUCACUCUGACCAGCCAGUCGAGCAGUCCAAGAAGAAGAAGAGGCACAACGCGGGGGACAUUUUUGACGGGGCAGCUCCCGUUCUGAAGAACAAGGACGGGGACAAGGAAGAUGUCCAAGGGACCCCGUCCCCUGCCCAAGAGAGAAAGGAUGAGCCCCUGCAUCUGAGAGACUCUCCCGACAGCGCCCCCGACCCCGGGCACCACCCAGCUCCGCCGGCACCCCUCCUCCCUGGGAGCCGCAGCCCCUCUAUGGACCAGGACAAGCCAGGGGCUAAGUCACCCCUGCCACAGAAGCCGGCCCUGGCCCCCAAACCCGCCAGUCAGACCCCUCCGUCCUCUCCUCUUUCCAAAACGGGAAGGCCCUUCUUGGCCGAGCUGCUGUCAAGGCGGGCGGCAAAACCCGAGCAGGAUGCCGGCGAGAAGCUACAGGGAAGCAAGGACGGUGGGGAGCUUCAGCCACCACCCGUGCCCCACACCGAGAAGGGGAAGGGAGAGGAAGACCUGGCAGAGAAGAAACCUCCUUCUCCAUCCGUGUCUGUCUACCAGCAAGAGAAACCCGACCGAGCUUUCGAGACCGGGAAAAAAGAAAAGCCUGUGCUUCAGAGCUGGCAUUCUUUAGAAGGCUCAAAAUCGAUGGAAAAACCUGAGACUGCCCAGCCACAGUGGGUCACAUUAGCACUACAAAAGCAAAAGGGAUUCAGGGAGCAGCAGGCUACCAGAGAGGAGAGAAAGCAAGCCAAGGAAGUCAAGCAACCAGAAAGGGUAUCUCAGAACAAUACUAGAGUCAGCCAGCAGCCUGAAAGCAGCAAUAUUACCAGAAUAGGUUCCUUCCAUAAAUCUACUGCCCAGGAAGAGGAGAAGAAAAUUGAGACAGCUGUGUCCAGGCUGGAGCGCAGAGAGCAGCUGAAGAAGUCCAAUACUCUGCCCACAUCUGUGACAGUGGACAUCUCUGAUUCUGCUAUGCCUGCAUCUCUGGUGAAAGAAGUUCCAAAGAGAUUCUCCACCCCAGAUGCCGCUCCAAUGUCGACCGAACCGGCCUGGCUGGCCUUGGCCAAGAGGAAAGCAAAGGCCUGGAGUGACUGUCCACAGAUUAUUAAGUAGUCACUUGUGCUUAUCCGUACUGCUUACUGGCAGCUCCUCCUUUGUCCUUUUUAUUUAUUAUUUUUUUACAUGGGGUGAAGAACUUGGGCAGGAAAAGAAGCAUGUCCUACAGGAUCCAAAAAACUAUUAGAAACUGAACUGUUGUUUCUUUAUGUAAUUCACUAUAAACAAAGUAUUUGCACAAUGGUAGGGUUUAAAGCCUUGAGAGACUCCCAAUUCUGAAGACAAAACUAGAUCCGUGAGCUACAGGUAGAGUUCCAGGCCAGUGAUGUCUCCCUGUCUCUUCCCCUUCCCAGUAGUAACAAAUAUUUAAGCCACUUUUUGACACUUAUUUCCACUUCUUACCACUCCUUUAAAACUAAGGAGAAACUGCUGGAACUUGGGAGGGUACCUUCUAUAGGUGAUGAGAAGGGCAUCUGUACACAGAAAGGACAGCUUUUCCAAAAGUUCCAAGUGUGGAGGGAGCAUCAUCUGGCAGCAGCUAGGAAGGGUGGGGCUCCAGAGCUGUUUCUUUUACUUCACAUCUCACAGACUUGAAUUUGGAGAAAAUUUCCUAUUCUUAUACCUGAAUCUACAAUUCCAAAUUCCAAAGGUUUAAGCUCCCUAUGAAGAUAGGGGAGGGGACAACAGAAGCAGAAUACCUUUAAAAAUUAGCCCAAAGCAACCUUUGCAAUUUGGGGCAUAGCAAAGAAGGGCCAUUGUAAUUAUACUCAUCCAAAAAUCAUCUUGACCUCAACAUUAGGAAAGUCACUUUACUAAGUCCUCAGCAGGCUUCCUUAUCUGAGAAAUAAGGUAGAUAGGCAUAGGACUAGAUCUCUAGAGAACUUAUUUAAAACCUUAUGCCCCUGACCGUUAGGGUUCUCUUCAAGAAAUGCAAAAUUAAGGUUUUCUAAGUUGCCCAUUCAAAUUUGGAGUAUCAGUAUGAUAUAAAUUUCAAAGAUUUAUACCUUGUUACCUUAAAAAAAAUCUUACAGACAUAAGCUUUGGAUUUUUUGCUCCUAAAUGUGUACAGAAAGAAAGGAAACUUGGUGGUCUCAAAGUCAGCACUGUAAUGGGCUGAGUUUGUUUGUUUUUUUUUUUUUAAUUGCUUUUGCAUCUACUGCCUACCAAAAAAGUCAAAAUUUUGUCACAAUUUUUAAUAUAUGGUACAUCCCUAUUCCCUUUAUGUGUAGAUUUUUAUUCCAAAAGAUAUAUUCUGUCCUUCAGAAACAUUCACAGGAUUCCUGUUAGUAGCAUUCAUCAUGAUUUUUUUUAAUGUUUAUUCUGUAGGCAGUGCUUGAUCAUUAUGCCCUUCAGUCUCAAAUACAGAUGGAAGCAUUCCAUCUAACUAGCAUUCUUCUUUCCUCAGUUGUGGCAAUUGGCACGUAUCUGGUAAAUUGAAGUAACUGUCCUUACAAGUCGUUUAUUUUCAUGCAAACUGGACCAUUGUCAUUCUAAAUUUACAGUUUCAUGACAUGAGAAGCAGUUGAUAUUUUUCUGCAUGUUCUUAACUCAGACGUCCAUGUUUAAAAAUUAUAGAUGAAUGUAUUUGUUGAUUUCAAUGGUUUACCCACUAAUGUAAUUUUUCUUAAUGGAAAUAUCCAUCAGGGCCCUGGAAUUCUAGGACACUAAUUCCUACACUGAAGUGGAUUCUUUUUCCUCCAGUCUAUAGGCUUUUGGAUCACAUAAAAGUCAGAGUUUUGUAAGGGAAAAAGGCGCAAGUCAUUACAAAGAAUAUCAGGAAGUUCUUACUGUUUAAAAAGCUUAGAACAGGAAAAGCUAUAUGGCACAGUGGAUAGAGCACCAGCCCUGAAAUCAGGAGGACCUGAGUUCAAAUGUGACCUCAGACUUUUAACACUUCCUAACUGUGUGAUCUUGAGCAAGUCACUUAACCCCAAUAGCCUCGGGGUGGGGGGUGGGCGGAAAACAAAAUUCAGAUGUCAAAAAUUACCAAAAUAAAAAGGACUGCUCAACUACAUGGACCCUAUUUUUAAAAGAAAAUCAAGUGAACAGAGCCUAAGAAAAUAAGGGUAAAUUAAUGUCAUUUACAAUACUUGGCUUUGAACAUUUAAAAAUGUACAUGUUUAACAUCUCGUGUAAA